AAAGAAGAGCCUUCAAAUGUCAGAGAGAAAUUCUUUGAAUUUGUUAAAAUAAGUCAAAGAAGUUUAUUGGCCGUUGCUAAUGGCAACAUCAGUAGCAAACAGUUUCAAAUGACAGCUAAAAGUGGCUUCUUUAUUAAUCCCCUUGUAUCCGAGUCAAUCAAGCAAUUUAUCGACGAGAAUCAGCUCUCCGCUCAACGAAACGAAAUCCCCACGAGAUCUUUGAAAAUGACUCCUUGA